AUGUAUGGGAAUACUAGUGAUAGAAACCCGUUGAAAGAGCAUUAUUCCAUUGAAAGCAAGGAAAACCAAAAUCUAAAAUUAAAUGUAGAUAAUAACACCAUUAACCUUUACCCAUAUUUAAGUGAUUCAUCAAAAAUAAAAUUAUCAGAAGUACAUGAUAAUUUAGAAAGGGAAGAUUUGAUAUCACCCACUUCUGCCAACCCCGAUAUUAGUAAUCAUAUAUUCCGUACUCAAUAUCAACAACCGUCUAACACUCUGGAUAAUCGAUUUUAUUUUGAUGAUCAUGCAAUAAAGCCUGAGUAUUUAGAUGAUUUGAUGAAUUCUGCCAUUUAUAAUAAUCAGUUACUGCACCCAGGAGUAAAUAUUCCUAACGAUUCUAUGACUAUAGUAGCAAGUAAUAUCAAUAAUAAUAAUGCAGUUGAAAAUAAUUCCAUACAUAUUUCAACUAGUAAUAAUCUGAAUAAUAAUGGUGAUAAUAGAAAGUAUAACGGAAACAGCAUCUCAAAUAUUCCUACAGAAGAUGCAAUACAUAUCGAUACAAUACAGCAAGGUUCCAUAGACUUACCUGAUUUUAAUGGUCAAAAUUUAAGUACAUCUCUACAAUCUAGUAUAUAUUCAAGUGAAUUUCCUCCAAGUGUGUCUUCAUCCUUUUCUUAUCAACCGCAAGCAUUUGAAGGUGACACAAAUAGUUUACAAAAUUCCACUUACAAAUAUUUUAAUAAUAAUGCAAAUUCAAGUAAUAUUUUAUAUAAUACACAUAACACUGCAAGAUCUUCUAUUUCUUCAUUACCCUUUAAUAGCCGCAGAUCUAAUAGUUAUUCAUCAUCAAUAAGGCCUGGUAGUUUUUCCUCUGCUUCCACUAGAUAUAAUCAACUUAACAGUAUUGGAAAUGGUCCUAACAAUAAUAGUUUGAAUAAUUUGGUUAAUACCCCAACUUCAAGAGAUGACUCAGUCGUAAAUGAUACCAAAAGUGUCACGACUAAUAAUCUCACUUCAAAAAUAAAUGAUACAACCCAAAUACUAAGUCCCACUUCAGCUAGUAAUACCCCAGCUAGCAAUCCAAAUAAUAUAAGUAAUCCAAGUUCGGCAGCAACAGCAGCAACAGCUACAACAACAACAACUUCCACCACAGCUUCAAAUACUGGAACUACGUCAGGCUCUGGAACCAAGAUAUUAUUGAGUGAAAAAGAAAAAUUAAGAAGGAAGAAAGAUUUUCAUAAUGCAGUUGAAAGAAGAAGGCGUGAUUUAAUUAAAAAUAAAAUUCAAGAAUUAACUUAUAUCGUUCCCCCAACUUUACUAAAUUAUGACUCCACUGGCAGAAGCAUCAAACCUAAUAAAAGUACUAUUCUUACAAACUCAAUAGAUUAUAUUAAAUUUUUAAAAGAUACGCUGAUAGAGCAGGAUCAUCAAAAAUUAAAAUUAACAGAGAAAUUUGAAGAAUUAAAGAAUUGUUUUUGUAAAAAAAUUAAUUCAGCAACACACGUGGGCCAUAAAAUGACGGAAAAUAAUGACAGAGAUGAUGGAACUGAUCAUUGUAGAAUUUCGAAACUAGAUUUACACUCAAAUCAGCAAUCCAAUAAUUCAUUAGAUAAUAUUAACGUAAGACCAGAUGAUUUGUUUUUGCUCAUUCACAAGAGACCCUUCAAAUCGAGCCAACUCAAAUCAGCAGCAUUAGAUAUUCAGCAGGGUAAAAUUAUUGAUACAAGGAUGUUAGCACAUGGAUUGACUACUGAUUUAAAUAACUUUGGGUAUAGAAGAAAUAAUAGUGAUUCAAUAAGCUUAAGUGAUAAUAAUAUUGUAAAUCCAAGCCAAGAUCAGCUCGAAAAUGGGGGCGAGAUUCAAAACGAGAUUCAGAGUUCAAUCCGAAAGGAUGAACAGAAAAAUAUUAAUCCUAUCAAAAAUAUUGAUAGUAAUGAUGGCUAUGUGUUAAAUAAUGAAAACUUCUUUGAUGGACCAAAUCGGAAUACUAUGUCUACAUAUGAUAAUCAAAGUUUUACCACAAGUUCAGAUCUUUUCUCUGAUCAAAAUAUUCCAGAAUUUACAGGUUUGUUAAAUCAACAUGGCUUUAACCUGCAAAACUUUCCCAGUCAUACGAAUAGUUCUAAUUUAAACACAUAUGAUAAUGAUAAUAGUAUAAAUAACAAAGCAACUGAUAUUUCGAAUGGCAGUAACAACAAUAGCAGUAGUAAUCAUAUAAAUCGCAUGAACAACAUUAAUCAAAUAAAUAGUAUUAAUGAGAGCUCUACUGGAGGUGUGAAUAUUAACGAAGACCCUUACUAUUUUAACGAAGAAGAUUUGCAAAAGUUUCUUGCAAGUGAUUUCUCUCGUGGAGAACAGACUGUGUCUGAUUUUAAUUUUGAGGAUUUUCAAAGAUAUUCCGAAUAUUCUAUGUUAGAUGAAUUUAAAUGA